AUGUUUAAGAUCAAUGGAUCUGUCCAGAUGGAGAGCGUGCUGCUGUACACCUUCCUGGAGGUAUCCUCUGACUGUAAGUUCAGAGAGCAGCUGCAUUCCCUGCAAGGCCGGGGGAUUGUGCCUUUUGUGAAAGGCAGCUACUGCUAUGAUGAUGAGGUGGAACUUCAGACCGAUGGCAAUCGGAGCGGCCACUUGCAGAAUGGUGAGCUAGUGCUUGCCCCUGAGGUAAAUGAAGAAGUUGUCCGGAUCAUUGCUGCUCAGCUGGCUGAGAUUGGAGACCAGUUUGAUAAAGAAAUCCAAGCAAGAGUAGUAAAUGAUCUAGUGCAGCACUUUCUGAAUGAGAAUCUGUCUGGAGAGGACAUAACCCGGCUCCUGUCAGAGGCGGUGGAAGGGCUUGCGCAAGCCAUCCCCUCGGACAUGGAACAGGAGAAGGCCAUAUUGGUGCUAGCAAUGGUCUUAACCAAAAAAAUUGCGAAUACAAUGCCCUCCCUUCUGCAGCGUGUCUUCAGCACCACUGUGAACUACAUCAGUCAGCAGCUCCACAACUACAUUGUCAGAAUGGUGAGUGCCGUCAGGCAGCUCGGGGCGAGUCACAGCCGGCCUGGUAGCUGGCCUCCGUUAUUCCGGGAGGGGUGCCUAGCUCUGCGCUGCCCACGGUCCGCUGGUUUCCCUGCAGCGCUCUGGAGGCUUGGCCAGUGGGGAACGCCGGUCCCUGCGGAGCUCUGA